AAUUUCUUUAAAAAAUGAGAGAUUUUAUUUAAGAUCAUUCCUCAAUUUAUCUUAGACUUUCAGCUACAUAGCUAGUCCGGUAGUAUAACAAUAACAGGUUUUAAGAAAUGCCUGGGGAAAAGAGAGGAAAGCUAACCAACUAAAUCUGUAUCUAAUGAACUAAUUGGCAAAAUAAGGUGUUAUCAGCUGCUCGAUAUAGAGCUGAUAAAAAUCAUCUUCAGCUAGGCAUACUUGAGGCCUGAUUACAGAAGCGACCCUAGUCCACCCACACACCUGAGAUUUAUUUAAGAGAACAAGCUAGGCUCUUCCUGGCUUUUAGGAAGAGGACUGGCAUGGAGAAAUAUGUUCCUCACUAGUUCUCCCAGGCCAUGGCGCUUCCCAACAAAUUUCUCCUUUGGUUUUACUGCUUUGCCUGGCUGUGUUUUCCUGUUAGCCUUGGUUCUCGGGCUUCUGGGGGAGAUGCUCAGAUUGGUUCUCGGGCUUCUGGGGGAGAUGCUCAGAUUGCUGCUAGUGCUGGGUUGGAAUCUGGGGCUACACCUUGGUCUUUGCUGCAGCCUAUAGAUGAGAGAGACAGAGCUGGCCUCCUUCCCCGGCUUUUCAAAGUUCUAUCUGUUGGGCGAGGUGGGGCACCUAGGCUGCAACCAGACUCCAGAGCUUUGCACUACAUGAAGAAGCUCUAUAAGACAUACGCUACCAAGGAAGGGAUUCCUAAAUCCAAUAGAAGUCACCUCUACAACACUGUUCGGCUCUUCACCCCCUGUACCCAGCACAAGCAGGUUCCUGGAGACCAGGUAACAGGCUUGAGAAAGUGGGGGAAAAGAGAAGGGAGAAAGCAUAUUACGAAGUACUAUUUCUUUGACUUGACUACCUGUUAUGUUGACUCAUAUUCAAGCACUACUGGUAGAUUAUUUUUCUUCUUAGGAAUCCUUCCAUCAGUGGACCUGUUAUUUAACCUGGAUCGCAUUACUACCGUUGAACACUUAUUCAAGUCAGUCUUGUUGUACACUAUCAACAACUCAGUUUCUUUUUCCUCUGCUGUCAAAUGUGUGUGCAACCUAAUGAUAAAGGAGCCAAAGUCUCCUAGCAAGACUCUCCGCAGAGCUCCGUACUCAUUAACCUUUAACUCACAGUUUGAAUUUGGAAAGAAACAUAAAUGGAUUGAGAUUGAUGUCACCAGCCUCCUUCAACCUUUAGUGGCCUCCAACAAGAGAAGCAUUCAUAUGUCUAUAAAUUUUACAUGCAUGAAAGACCAGCUGGAGCAUCCUUCAGCACAGAAUGGUUUGUUUAACAUGACUCUUCUGGUGCCCCCCUCACUGAUCUUAUAUUUGAAUGACACAAGUGCUCAGGCUUAUCACAGGUGGUAUUCCCUUUACUAUAAAAGGAGGCCUUCCCAGGGUCCUGACCAGGAGAGAAGUCUGUCUGCCUAUCCUGUGGGAGAAGAUGCUGCUGAGGAUGGGAGAUCUUCCCAUCACCGUCACCGCAGAGGUCAGGAAACUGUCAGUUCUGAAUUGAAGAAACCCUUGGUCCCAGCUUCCUUCAAUCUGAGUGAAUACUUCAAACAGUUUCUUUUUCCCCAAAAUGAGUGUGAGCUCCAUGACUUUAGACUUAGCUUUAGUCAGCUGAAGUGGGACAACUGGAUUGUGGCUCCGCACAGGUACAACCCUCGAUACUGUAAAGGGGACUGUCCAAGGGCAGUUGGACAUCGGUAUGGCUCUCCAGUUCACACCAUGGUACAGAACAUCAUCUACGAGAAGCUGGACUCCUCAGUGCCAAGACCGUCAUGUGUACCUGCCAAAUACAGCCCCUUGAGUGUUUUGACCAUUGAGCCCGAUGGCUCAAUUGCCUAUAAAGAGUAUGAAGAUAUGAUAGCUACAAAGUGCACCUGUCGUUAACAAAUGGUCCUCUUAAAACCUUGAGCCUAUUUGGCAAAGUAACUACUGUGUGCCUAUGUGUGCCUUCAAGAGAAAGCUUCAUAUAUUAAGUGUCUAAAUGCAGCAUGUGUUGUGUAAAGAGGAACCUGUGUAGAUUAGUACCUUCUAUGGCAUCUAUCAGGAUAAAGGGAUAACAUCAAUUGCUGUUACAGAGCCUUUUUUUAUUUCCAAAUUUAAAUGAAAUAUAAUUAUUGUGGAGAACUUUACAUUUUUUUCCUUGAGUGAUUUCUUUCUUUUCAUAGGAGUCUUAUUCUUGAUAGAGAAACAUCCUUAAUUAGCUUACAUCCUGGAUGGACUUGCAGCUAUAAAUUGGCAAUUCACAUUGCUGUGGUCUUAAUGGAAGAAUAAAUUUCUGUCAAUGGCA